CCAGGCCGUGUCUCUUCUCAUCGUACUCAACAAACUUCUCUCCUAGAGUUUGUUUUACAAGUCACAGAAAUCUAAAAGCAAUGGCCAGCUCCAAGACUCUUCUGGCUUCCCUUCUCAUAGUUUCUCUUUUUGUACUUGGCUUUGCUGAGUCUGAUCCAACGGUGAUCACGAACAUGGUAGAGAAUGCUCUGACUGAUGACAAAAUAGAUUGUGAUGGAACUUGUGACGUGAGAUGCAAAUUAUCGUCGAGGCCGAACCUUUGCAAGAGGGCGUGUGAAACAUGCUGUGACCGAUGCAGCUGCGUUCCUCCUGGCACCUCCGGUAACUAUGAUGCGUGUCCAUGCUACCGAGACAUGACCACCCACGGCGGCAAACACAAAUGCCCUUAGAUAGCUUCAUACCACCUCUUGAUGUGCAUGGGUUUUGAACUCUAAGUAAACUAUAAAAUAAGCUUUUGACAAUAAUCGCAAUCCAAAAGAGCAUGGUUAUAGUUACUUGCUUUGGCCUUAAUUAAUUAUAUCAAAGUUUCUUAAGUUUUGGGAGUUCGUCUACUUGCACGUACGCGCGUGUAUGAAUAUAUAUGUCAAAUUAUUAUUGAUUUAUAUAUUUACAUAUAUAAAAAUAUAUUUGUGUAUAUUUCACUUA